GCAUGCGGUGGGAUUGUGAGUGCGUGUGUGAGCCGUCGGCAAUGCUGACUUCUUCCGAGUGUGGUCUUCCAGGCGAAGGGUUGUGUGUCCGAGUGUGAUGGUGUCCGCGCUCUUUUGGUUGUUGAUUUGGAUUCUUCGAGCCCUUGCUCGAAGCUGAGCAGCGCUCGCCAAGGCCCGCACCUUCAAGCCGGUAGCCGCCGGCUCGGGUUUCGCCGCGCCCAGGCUUCAUCCUUUUCUGACUGCCCAGGACCACACCGUGGCCUAACUGCUGGUCUCUCAGCGAGAGAGGGGGAAAGCAAAGACCCCCGUCUGCAACUUGGACCUUGGCUCCCGCCCCUCUCCGGCGGAGUGGAGAUCCUAUUCAGAGGGGCCGGUUUCUCUAAAUAUGCCCCAGGAUGACGGAGCGGCCGCCGAGCGAGGCGGCCCGCAGUGACCCCCCGCUAGAGGGACGGGACGCGGCCGAGGCCCGCAUGGCCCCCCCGCACCUGGUCCUGCUGAACGGCGUCGCCAAGGAGACGAGCCGCGCGGCCCCCGCGGAGCCCCCGGUCAUCGAGCUGGGCGCGCGCUGCGGCCCGGGGGGCGGCCCCGCCGGUGGGGGCGGCGCCGCGCGGGACUUAAAGGGCCGCGACGCGGCGGCGGCCGAAGCGCGCCAUCGGGUGCCCACCACCGAGCUGUGCAGACCUCCGGGGCCCGCGCCCGCCUCGGCCCCCGCGGAGCUGCCCGGCGACGGCCGCAUGGUGCAGCUGAGCCCGCCCGCGCUGGCGGCCCCCGCCGCCCCCGGCCGCGCGCUGCUCUACAGCCUCGGCCAGCCGCUGGCCUCGCUCGGCAGUGGGUUCUUUGGGGAGCCAGAUGCCUUCCCUAUGUUCGCCACCAACAACCGAGUGAAGAGGAGACCCUCCCCUUAUGAGAUGGAGAUUACUGAUGGUCCCCACACCAAAGUAGUGCGCCGCAUCUUCACCAACAGCCGAGAACGAUGGCGGCAGCAGAAUGUGAAUGGGGCCUUCGCUGAGCUCCGCAAGCUGAUCCCCACGCAUCCCCCGGACAAGAAGCUCAGCAAGAACGAGAUCCUCCGCUUGGCCAUGAAGUACAUCAACUUCCUGGCCAAGCUGCUCAAUGACCAGGAGGAGGAGGGUACCCAGCGGGCCAAGCCUGGCAAGGACCCUGUGGUGGGGGCUGGUGGAGGAGGCGGUGGGGGAGGGGGAAGUGCGCCUCCCGACGACCUCCUGCAGGACGUGCUGUCCCCCAACUCCAGCUGUGGCAGCUCGCUGGAUGGGGCCGCCAGCCCGGACAGCUACACAGAAGAGCCGGCCCCCAAGCACACGGCCCGCAGCCUCCAUCCCGCCAUGCUGCCAGCCGCUGAUGGAGCGGGUCCUCGGUGAUGGGGCUGGGGCCGCUCAGGACCAGCCAGGAGGGCAUCCUCAGGCCGCCGGGACUGUGGGCUUCAGGGCAGGUGGGGUGAGGAUCGGGCAGCUCUGAAGCAGGGCGAUGGACUUGAUGAGAUUUCCUUGAUGUCUGAACUUUGCGGAGCCCUAACUGCCCCCGGGGGCGGCUUUCCUGUUUCCUGCCUCAGUGGGAGAACAGAAAAAUGGAGCAAAGUGGUAGGUACUUUUUAUGAAGACGGCACGGUCUUCCCCCCCCCCCCAAUCCCUAAGACUUCUCCAGUAAGAAGCUCUACUGGCACUGCUUUUGGCCUGGAGCUUGGGGGCCCCGUCUUUGCUGAGACCUGGGGUUGUCAGCUCUCCCCGUGGGCAUCCAGCAGCCUCUGCCUUGCCUUUAGCCCCUCCCAAGCUGGCUGGUGUGGCUUGUGUGGCCACUCUGUCCAAAUACGUAGGUAGCCAGUAGCCGCCCAUUUCCGGGUGAGCCCCAUCUUCACCCUGGCCCAUGUCGGUCCGCCCAGCUUGCUAGCUGCUGCAGAGAGUCCCAGGCCUCAAGGUGCCUUCUACAGGGCCUGGUUGAAGAAGAUGGCCAGUGGGCAACCUGCUCUCGACUAGCUGGGCCAGAGGGUCAGAAAACCCAGUAGCCCUUACUGCUUGCCGCGGGGAGCAAAGGUCUGCUUUCUCCCCACUGAGACUUGCCUUCCUAAUCCUUGUGGGGACUGAGUCUGUGGCUGGGAGCCUGCCCGGUCAGGCCUCAUGUGGAGGCAGAGAGAAGGAAAAUGAUGAGAGUGAAAUUGAGCCAGCGCUCUUUGGGGCUGUGGGUUCAAAUCCUGACGGUGUCCAGAGCCACCUGCCUGUAUUCUCCGCUCCCCGUCACUGUUCACGAGGUGAGCCGAUGGCCGUGCGCCUCUGCUGAGCGUGGAUGUGCAGUCCCAUCUGUGUGUCCUCCCCGAUGCUCAGAGGGACCUUCCUUCUCCAAGGUGUCUGUUUGCUGACGGUCUGGUCGGAACCCAGCUGACCACAAACCCUGUCCUAUGAAUUUCUGGCCUUUGGGAUUUUUGCUUGACUUCAGUUAUUGGUGGGAUCUUUAGGUCUUGGUAUGACCCAGGCUCCAGCCGCACUUCGAGGGCAGGGGAAAACCAAUCAGAGACCAGGCACUGGCUGAGACCCGGACAAAUGCACAUUCACUUAGCAGAAUCUUCAACACCCCUCGACUACACAGCCUUCAGUCACCUAGGGUGUGUAUGGAAGGCUGGCUUACUGCAACAAGAGCGCUCCCCUCCAAUCGUUGUACAUGAAAUUUUUGUAAAUCAAACCCUUGUCCUUCAUCUUUUAAAGAAAUACUACCGCAAGUCCUUUUGUAAAGUGAAGAAUUUUUUUGUAGAGUGGACCACUGCCCCUUGUUGAUCUCUUGUGUCAGUCCACAUGGUGGGACAUGGUUUUCUUCAGGCCAGGCCUGCCUGUGACAUGCGUUCCAAGCCCCUGGAACAAACUCCACAUGAGCCCUAUAUACAUGUCAUUGUACCCUCAAGUCACCGCAGCCUCCUCCCACCAGGCUCUGCCUUUGAGGUUAGAGGGAAAAGAGUCCUGCCCAGUGAAGGGCCUUGAGCACGGCCCUGUGCACACAGGGCAUGAACCUGGCUCCCUCCCCUCCUUCCCAAGUUGUGGGUUCCAGUUUGUGAGUAGGGGAGCAACAUGGUAAUCCUUUAGCCCUCAGACUUGUAGCAUGAUGGGGAUAAGUUACCUCUCUCAACGUCAGUUUCUCAUAAAUACCCUGGCUUGGCCUGUCUGCUAGGGCUGUGGCGUAGCCGAAGUGGAAUCAUGAAAGUAGAUGCAUUUUGAGACCAGAAAGAACACUUUUGCCCUCAGUAUCAUUCCUGCAGUGGGGUUUCCCAUCCUGAGUCCAGGGCCUCCGCAGUGGGCCAGUCUGCCUGACUGCACAGCAUUUGGGUAAUUUAGGUUCCAAACCACUUUUGCCGGAGUUAUCCUGAUUGUCCUCAUUUCUCCAGAUUGACUUCAUUUGUGUCUCCUUCCAAGGGGAGGCACAGGAGUGAGAAUGGAAGAAGAUAUGGGCAGAAUAUGUAAGACGUAAUACAGCUUCCCUCAGCGGGCCUGGGUAGGGAUGGGCAAAGCUUCAUGUCUUUGUAAGGCCGACAGAAGAUCCAAAAUUUUAAUUUUCAUUUGCACCCCCCCUCACCCCGCCCACCGUACCCUCUUCCUUCCUCUGCCUCAUCACCUAUGAAGAAAUGGCAGCGUUCCAAGAAUAAUACCUGUGCAAAGGGAAAAGAUGUAAAGGGGAAAAAAAGCAAGGAGAACAGAGAUGGUUGUAAGGACUGGAGGGAUUCGCAUCUUUUUGGGAAAAUUCAUAUGCUUUUAUUGGUGGUGGCAAACGACAAGAUGGUACAAUCUUUCUCCUUUUCCGAAAACAGAACAAAGGGCACAGCAUCUGUAGUCAGCCGGCAACUAUCUUGGCCUUUGGGGGUGGUCUGGUCGUACUUGGGAUUUCGAUGGUACGUGGCCCCCCACCGAAGGCUCGCCCCUGCCCGUGUACAUAGCGCAUUGUUCCUGUGGGCGGGCCCAGCACUUUCCGUCAAUGUUGUACUGUACGUGGUGAGUUGCGUUGGUCUCUGCAUUUUUCUGCAGAAGAGGAGUAACCGUUCCAGGUACCUUGACCUUUGUACAGCCCGGAGGCCAACACUGUGGGCGUGACUCUUUAGCGACACAACCCUUGUGGUGAUGAUGUGUGUAUAUAUAUAAGGAUAUAUUGGGAAAAUUUCUAAAUAAAAGUUUUACAGAGGG